UCUCCAAUAACGUUUACAUGCUCGCGCAGUGCAGUUCGUUGUACUGAUUCGCAAUUUCGUGUCAAUAAUUUUGGAAUUAUCAUCCAUAUUCGUAGAACGGUGCAAACUAUCCUUAGACACCAAACAUUUGCAAAAUAUCUGUACUUAAGUUAUAACACAUUAAUUCUUACGACAGAACACUAGCAAGAUGAGUGAAACGAUGGUUUAUAUAAAUGACGGCGCGUGUCAUCGUUAUGUGUCUAAUACAGUCAAUAUACAGAAACGGAAUUUGAUGGUCAUCGCAAAGUUGGACAAUGGAUUCUUCUAUCCGGGCCACGUCAUCCAACAGUGGGGCAAACCGGAAGAAGCGGAAGUAAAUUUCUACCAGUGGGGUCCGAGGCGUGUUCACCGGAACAACGUUAUUUCAAUUAGCGGAUCUGUAUGCUGCCCGCCACUGCAUGCUUGGGACUACGUUUUGACGCGGAUGAGAGUGACUGGACCAAGAGGUAUGUAUAUGCAGUAUAUGCCGGGCCGAGUCUGCUACGUGCCUCGUCUACCGCCCCUUGAACACAGAUGCUACUCCAUUAGACUUUACAAUGGCAAAGUCGUGGAGAAGAAGCGAAAAUUGCUGGUAAAGAUCAGCAAGUCCCGCUACCGUGGAAUACUUAGCUGUAUCGGACUGGACGGUUGCCCACGGAAAAGAUGCCAAAAAGAUAAAUCGAUGGUUUUCCUAAGUGAUGAUAGUGAUUAUGAUGACGAUGAUGACGAUGAUGAUGACGAUGACAGCGGUGAUAGUGAUAGUGAUUCUAAAAAGGAAGACGAAAAAGAACGAAAGAAAAAAGAAGCGGAGAAUGAAAGAGGCAGAAAAAAGAAGAAGGAAAGAAGACAAAGAUCCAAGGAAAAAGAAAAUAAAAGGCACGGGACGAAGAAAGAUGAAAGUUGCAAGGUUUUCGUUAUCGGAGGAAGUCUUGAACGUAAACCAAAAAAAGAAAAACAAUGUAGCACCACCAAAAUUGAAAAGGCGAUCCAGACUGUGGGUGAAAGAAUUGAUCAGAACGGAGACAAAAUCGUGCAAGAGAUCCAGACGUCUCAGAGGCAGGUGUCUGAGCAUUUAGGUGUACUUCAUCGACAAAUGGAAAAGACAACCGAACUCAAAGAAGUGAAGGGGCAGAUAAUCAAUGCGAAAAUAAAUAAAGUUAGUGGGAAAAUGAGAGAGGAAAUACACGCCACUGGGAAAAAGAUUGUUAACGAAAUUAAAGCUCUCGGCAAGAAAUGUAAAGAAAAAAGGACCUCGACUCCACCACCCCGAAGCCCAAUUUCCACACAAGUGUUGGCAAAGUGGGAGGAUGAUGGCUUGUAUCGCUUUGGGUGCAUAAAAACCAAGUGUGGAGACGGAAUUGUUUGGGUGGAAGAUAGCUGUAACCAUAAGGAGGAAAUUGACCGUGAUUCCAUUCUUACGGAAGAGGAUCGAAUACGACCACCAAUAAAGAGUAAGGGUUAUGUUAUAGCGCUUCUGCCAAGUUAUAGUUUUGGCCCGGGAAAAAAUAGACAACAUCGUUAUGGACCGGGCAAAAUUAUAAAAGACGGCCGCGAAAUUAAAUUCUAUAACGGGGUCAUCGUGAACGUGCAAAUUGACAUGCAUAUCUAUAAGAUUACCAAAGAAACAUACAACAGAGAUGUGAAAGGCAUUAAGGAAGAUAUACGGGGUAAAAAAGUACUCGUGCUGGACGAGGAUACUGGACGAUAUAUACUGACCGACAUAGUAAACCCUUUGGGGAAGGAAACUGGAUAUUUCGUUUGGCCAAAUAAGAAUGUCGGAAAGGGGAAGUACGUAGCUGCUCCAGUUAAAGACGGGGAUGAAACGUACUACCUGCCAGCAAAGGUAGUCAGAGACAGCAGCGGGACACAGACUAUCACGUAUUGCAAUGGCACAAGGGAAACAAAUAUACACGGAUGUUACCUUCUCGACAAGCGGUGUUACAUGGACGCUGUCGAGUGUUACAAGAGGAAUGAAGAAAACACUGACUUUUAAAUAUGCUGAGAAGAAAUAUUCUCUCAUACUUUUUUUCGUUUAGUUUCUUUUUGUGUUGACUUGGCGAAAACAAUAGGUAUACAAAUAAACAAAGUCAUGUAUAGUAUGCUUAAAGUAUUGGUGUUUAAAAUUUGUUGUUUUAAGAAUAGCCUUUUUUUGUCUCACAGACAUACAUACAUCGUCGGCUACCACUGUACUAAAUUCCGUUCUACGACAUAACAAAGCAUAGCGUGGUAGUGUUACAGCGGUAUCCGACGAUGACAUACAUUAAGCAAAAUUGUGGCUGAUAAGGUUGAUGCCUAUUUUCGUUUUUGUACGUCUUUUUAACAAAAGGCAUGUUGAACGACAAUGUACGUUUUAUUUGUUACUGAUGUUCUUGUUUUAUUUUAGUAUUUUUUUUUAUAAAAUGUUUUAUUUGCAUUUGUAGAUCUUUAUGACCCUAGUUGUAUUUUGUCAGACAGUCGCUUAGUUUUUCGCUAACUUUAUUCGGACAAUAAAAUUUGACAAGAC